CGAAUACAAAUCCCUAAUUAGAAGAUUUCAGAAUCGAGAUCCCCAAUUUCGUUCGUUUCCCUCCCUACCCUAGGGUUCUCGCUCUCGUUUUCGGCCAUGGAUACCCAGCAACUCGGGUCUCUGCCUUUGGAUGCAAAUCCCGAACCUUCAAGCGACGGCUCCACCCCGGGCUCCGGCUCCGGCUCGAGCGAAACUGGGCUUGAAUCGGUGCCAAAGAAGCAAAAGGUCGAGGAAGCCAGUGGCAGCAGCGGCGACGAGGUCAUCGCCGAUGGUGAUGGUAGCGGCGGUGGUGAUGAAGAGGACGAGGACGAAGAGGAAGUGGAAAUUGAGUGGGUAAUGCCUGAGCAUCCCGUGGUCUGGAAACAGAAGCGGCUGAAGCCCCGAAUCUGGACACCUAAGGACGAGGAAGGAAUGAAGGAGAUGGAGCGCUUCUACGAUCGGGUUAAGGACAGUGAGGGAUUUGAUGUGGGCGAACUUCCUCCGGUGAACAUCUUUGGGAGCGGGGUUCUGCCGAUCGACCUGAACCAUCCCUUUCACAAAGAAAACGUGAACAACUGUGUGGAAUACGUGACUGGGGAGUUCAACAAAGAAAACAAGGGGGUUUCGGAGCUGCUGGCUGGGAAUAUUGAGAAGGCCAAUUGGGCACCUUGCGCUGGUCAGAUUUACUACAUCACCUUCGAGGCUAUUGACCUGCUGUCUCCCGAUCCCAAUGCUUCCAAGAAGAUCUACCAGGCCGAGGUUUACCGCAACGUUACAGGCGGCGGACUAUCCACGACAGUGUUUCGUGAGAAAGGCCAGAAGGGAUUCAUUAAAGUAAAGCCAGACCGCAUACUCACCUACCUGUGAUCGAAUGAUGCAAUCUGAGGUUUAAUGUUGAACUUCUACUGGUCAUAAUUCCUUUUUGGUUGCUGAAAUUGUUAUGAUCAAUGAUGGUAUUGGUGUAGCUUGUUUACGUUUUGCUCCCGUCAUGCUAUGGUUACAACUUGUAACUGCCUG